AUGGAGGUCAGGUACAACCAAGAGCUGGAAGGGAUGGGGCUGAAGAAUGGACUAAAGAAGGGGAAAGAUGACACGGACUCCCAGGGAAGCUUGUCCAAAAGCUUCCUCAAGGAGCAGCAGGGCUCCUUUUCCCCCUCUGGAACCGUGGACAGCUGCGAGAAGAACAUGGGGAGCACGGGGGACCCGGACUACUGUCGGAGAAUACUAGUCCGAGAUGCUAAAGGCUCUAUCCGAGAGAUAAUCCUGCCAAAGGGUCUGGAUUUGGACCGGCCCAAGAGAACCCGCACCUCCUUCACAGCAGAGCAACUCUACCGGCUAGAGAUGGAGUUUCAGAGGUGCCAGUAUGUGGUCGGGAGGGAACGGACAGAACUGGCCCGCCAGCUGAAUCUGUCUGAAACUCAGGUGAAGGUCUGGUUCCAGAACCGGCGCACUAAGCAGAAGAAGGAUCAGGGGAAGGACUCUGAGCUGCGCUCAGUGGUUUCAGAAACAGCAGCAACCUGCAGUGUCCUCAGACUGCUGGAGCAGGGUCGGCUGCUGACGCCUCCAGGCCUGCCGGGCCUCCUGCCUCACUGUGGCAGCGGCACGCUGGGCUCAGCCCUUCGCCCUCCCUCCAUGGCCAUGGCUGGCAACGGCAGCAGUGGCGGCGGCAGCACCGGCGGCAGCAGCACCGGCGCGGCGGGCAGCAGCCCUCCUCUACCUGCUGUCACCAGCUCAGGAACAGUUGCUGGCCUGCAGAGCUCGCCGGCGGCUCACAGCCUCUUCAGCUUUCCCAUGCCCUCCUUACUCAGUGGCGUAGCCACCCGCAUUUCCUCCAACCCCCUGUCCAUGGCAGGCUCGCUCGCUGGCAACCUGCAGGAACUUUCCGCCCGCUACCUGAGCUCCUCUGCUUUUGAGCCUUACUCGCGGACCAAUGGCAAAGAAUCCAUGGACAAGAAAAUUCUGGAAUGA